CAUUCUUACACAAUUGGCACAACAACACUAAGAACCUUUAUUCUAUUCUCUUUUGCAUAUAUCUAGUUAAUACAUUCAUUCUCAAAAUGUCUAGAGGGAACAAAGUCACAAUUGCUGCCUUUGCUAUGAUGAUUUGCAUUUUGCCGCAAAUCAACAUUUCAUAUGCAGAUACAUUUUCUGCAGGUGAUGCUAAUGGUUGGGGUUUUAGCUUGAAUGGCUGGCCUAAUGGCAAGGCUUUCAAGGCUGGCGAUGUUAUUGAAUUUAAAUAUCCAGUUGGGGUACACAAUGUUGUGAAAGUGGACAAAGCAGGAUUUGACUCUUGCAGUGGUGCUGGAGGACAAGUUUUUAGUUCUGGAGAUGACAAAAUAACCCUUGCACAAGGAACAUCGUACUUCAUUUGUACCAUCGGACCACAUUGUGCUAAUGGUGUCAAGGCUGCUGUUACCGCCAAUUAAUUUAUUUCAUUUCUAGCUGAAUAGUUGUACGUUGAAGUACCAAUGAUAUGUAAUGUUUUAUUUCACGGUAUAUAUAGAUGUGUUUUUAAGGUGCUUGAAUAAAAAAAAAAUCAGCAUAAAC